AGUUGAAGAGAAAUAAAAUUGGAAGGCAAAAACCCUUGUCUUCUUAAAAACCCUAAAACGUGAAAGUGUCAUAGACAACAACUGCAUACUCUCUUUCUCUUGCGAUGUUGGAAAUUAAAACCGCCAAGACCCGCAAGGGCAAGCGGGAGCUCGAGAAGCGCGCCCCCAAGCUCGUGGAAUCGGGGAAGAAAACGCUGAUCUUGCAUGGAACGAAGACCAGCGGCGUGCUCAACGCCGUGCUGGCGCAGAUUUAUCACCUCAAAAAGAACGACGCCGUCAAGUACAGCCGGAAGAACGAGAACGUAAAGCCCUUCGAGGCCGGUGGCGAGACUUCUCUUGAGUUUUUUUCUCUCAAAACCGAUUGCAGCAUAUUUGUGUAUGGAUCUCACUCAAAGAAGCGGCCCGAUAACCUUGUUAUAGGGAGAACUUAUGAUCAUCACAUCUAUGAUUUAGUGGAGGUUGGCGUUGAAAAUUUUAAGCCCAUGGAGUCUUUUAGUUAUGAUAAAAAGUUAGCUCCUAAGGAAGGGUCAAAGCCUUUUAUUGUUUUUAUUGGAGAAGGAUUUGAAGCUGUGGACGAGCUAAAACAUUUGAAGGAAGUUUUGCUUGAUCUUUUUCGUGGUGAGGUUGUGGAAAAUCUAAAUCUUGCUGGAGUAGACCGGGCAUAUGUAUGUGCCGCCCUUUCCCCAAAUCGGGUUCUUUUUACACACUGUGCAUUGCGGCUGAAAAAGUCUGGCACUGUUGUGCCUAGGAUGGAAUUGGUAGAAGUUGGCCCUUCCAUGGAUUUUGUUAUUCGUCGGCAUCGUCCUCCUAAUGAAAGUUUGAGGAAGGAAGCAAUGAAAACAACAAGGGAGAAGCCGAAGAAAAAGGAGAAAAAUGUUAAGAGGGAUGAAUUAAAGGGAAAGAUCGGAAGUAUUUAUAUUCCAGAUCAGAAGGUUGGGGAAACUGCUUUACCUUACAAAGCAAAAGGAGUCAAGAGGGAGCGCCGAGAAGCCAAGCGGAAAAAUGACAAGGAUGGAGAAAAUGCUCCAAAACGGCAGAAGGAAGAUUCUUAAUACUUAUAAAUUACAUCUGUUGUCCUUCCCUGGAUCUGAUUAUAAAGUGAUCAAUUGUAGGUCAUAUUAUAUUAAUCUGCAUGUUUUUAGGUGUCAUGAAUAUUCAUGAUUCCCCCUGUACGGGGGAUUUUGUCAUCAUUUUAUUGACUGUAUUUUUCCCUUCAUAUUUUGCUUAAUUGAAAUGCUGCCCUUGAUUAUCAAGUUUUAUGAAAUCAUGUGUUGGAGCUUCUACUGGCACAUGAAAUCAUACUGUCAUACACAUUUAAGCAUUUCUUACUGUCAUAUGAAAUCACUUGCAGCGCUUCUCUGCAAGUGAUGUUAUUUUUAAGUGGUCGUGGCAACACAGAGUUAGGCCGUGUUUUUUUGGUAAGAUUUGGCGGAGAUGGAUUUGAGGAGGCGAGCUUGAGGUAAACUUCUGUCUUCAUUAUCGUUACUAUUGCUGUUAUUAGUGUGAGUAGGGGCGGAGGACCAAUGCAAGCCAAUAGCGAUCUCCUUCUCCAGCUUCUUCGAGGGAGGAAGGAAUGCACUAUGGAAGUCCAAAUAACCUUGCCUGGAACCGGAUACGGGACUGUGUAACCGAAUACAUCUCCCAUGGAAGUUGUUGGAGAAGCUGUAACCGGAUACGCCAACCUUGUAACCGGAUACGCCUGCUUUGCAAUUCCUUCAAAAAGAUGGAACCGGAUACCCUCUUCUUCGAACCGAAUACGCAGCCAUCAACAUCACUUCUUCAACCCCUGCUUCCACGUUUGGUCAUCUUCAUCCACUUGGUCAUCAUUAUCAACAACGUUCUUGCUCCUCCAUUAACGACUGUCUUCCUCUUCAACUAAAUCACAUGGCAGCCACAAUGCAAACUCGUGAAAGCACAAUGCAUGGCUUCUUUCUCGUGAAAGCACAGUGCAUGGGUUUUUAUUUUUAUGAUUCAUAUGGUUGGAAUCAGUUGUUAAACAUCAGAAUAUUAUAACGUUAUUUCAGUUCAAGUA